AUGGCCCACAGUCUUGUGACAGCCUGGCCCAUGGAUAUCAACAUGGCCUCAGGUGGCAGCAUAGACCACAGACAGGACAAAGACACCAACAUGGCCCCAGUUGCUGCACAGAUCACCCACAUCAACAUGGCCCCAUGUGGCAGCACAGUCCAUGGUCUUUGGCAUGGCUUCAGGUCCCAGGACAAACCCACCAUGGAAAACUAUCCAAAAGACACCAGAUUUGGAGUAAGAAGCAGUGCUCAGACCGGGAAGGUUUCUGACUUGAAUCAGCAGGUGUGGAUCCUUCGUGGUCAGAGCCUUGUGGCAGUUCCACAGAACAACAGCGUAGUCCCAGCCACCAUCACUGUCCUCCCAUGCAAGUAUCCAGAGUCUCUUGAGCAGGGCAAAGGGAUUCCCAUUUACCUAGGAAUCCAGAAUCCUGAUAAAUGCCUGUUUUGUGAGGAAGUUGAUGGACAGCCCACUUUGCAGCUCAAGGAGGAGAACAUUUUGGAUUUGUACAAUAAUCCUGAGCCCGUGAAAGCUUUCCUGUUUUACCAUACCCAGACCGGAACAACGUCCACCUUUGAGUCAGUGGCUUUCCCUGGCAGUUUCAUCGCCUCCUCCAAGAACGGCCAGCCCAUCUUCCUCACGUCAGAACAGGGGAAAUACCACAACAUUAACUUCAAUUUAGCGUUAGGGCCUUAA